AUGAGAAGUACUGGCCAGCUUCUUGCGUACUCGGAUGAUGCUGGGUCAAUAGAGCUUUGGGACGUCCCGAGGAAUUACGAACGGAACAAACUCUCCAUUACAACCCAUAGCGUGGCGAACCAAUAUAGUCCCAAGGUUACAGCCAUGGCCUUUGAACCCAACAAUUGGAGACUUUGGUACGUUGUCUAUGGAGGUCCAGUUAUCCUCUGGGACAUUAGUACAAUCUCACCGUUGGACAGGAGCAUCUCGACGGGGAAUCUUGGAAUAAUAUUGAACUCUGGCAUCCCUUGCAACCUUGCCAUAUCCCCUAAUAACGACCUAAUUGUGAGGGUUAAGGAUGAUAUUCAAUUCUGGUCACUUCCUGGAUUCCAGGAUCUUCGUAAGCUGAGGAACGAAGGUACUUCGGCUAUUGCCAUUUCCCAGACAGAUUUUGCAAGGGUAGGAGCGAAAAAUGAAGUUUUCAUCUGCAAACUCAUAAACGAUCAGGUGCGGCAUACAUUAAGAGGUCAUACGGACGAUAUUCUGAGUAUGGAUUUUUCUCCCGAUGGUGGGUUGCUGGUAACAGGCUCCAGAGACAGGACUGUGAGAGUCUGGGAUAUCGCCACCGAAAAAGACAUUGCCGUAAUGUACGGUCGUAGUCGGGAAGUCAUCAGUGUACUAUACCUGCCUAUUGGAGGUAAGAAGCUCGUGGUAUCUGGUUCUGCAGAUGGCACAGUGCGAAUAUGGGACUAUGGAGUUGAGAAAGAAAUUGCCAGAAUUGAUAAUUUCUAUUCGGGGGACUGGGCUAUCAAGCGAAGAAUGUCCUUUUCCCAGCGAAACAAUCUCCUAGCAAUUGCCUCCAAAUUUCAAGGUAACAUAUCUGAUGGGCGGGUUGAAGUUUAG